AACUUCUGUCAUGUAUGCUCUUUUGACGAAUUUACCGCGGCUGUAUCACACCUAUUUGCCUUGCUCCCUUCCCUUUCGAGUGGCUGGUCCGACUCGAGCCUCCGAUCUGGAUCUGCCUCAUGGGCCUGUAUGUAUGUUUCUUAUCUUUCUGAUUGGCCGAUUUUACUCAGUUCCAGCCCCAGCGUACUUUUACUCCAGGCGAUAUUUUCAAGCCUCACUAGCACUUUCAAGGUCACCUCAUCUACAGAGCGCCUAGGCUUUGAUUCCCAUGCUUGCGGAUAUUGGUUAUUGCCUCCACAUAUAAUCUCCUUGAUUAAGCCCGUGUACCCUGAGCAAACUGUGGACAUCUAUCUCUGGUCGCCUAUUACUUCUCAAGUGGAUGUAUAUUCAAUUUUGAUGUUAUUUCGAAUUUCUGUGACGGUUGUGAAUAUUCGCAUGCCUAGUCACAUGCAACGUCAGGCUCCCGAAGUUAUAGUUGGCUCUUCGACCUGA